AUGAGACGUGGAAAACCUCAUCAACCAAUAUAUAGACCAGGAAGUGGCCCUUUAAAGAAAUCAAAUACUGUAGACGAAACAGAAUCAGAUUCCAGUGUUUUAUUUAAUCCCAUACAUAAUCAAUUUGAAAAUACACAUCUAGAUAGUUCCAAAUUUAGAAGUGAAGGUAGUUCACAAGGAGAUAGACUUAGGGACUUUAACAGAGUUACUUCAGAAUUAGGAGAUCUGUCUCUUAAUAAUGAAGUAACUAAGCGCCCAAAAAAACCUGACCAAAUUCGUUACGUGCCUAGACCUAUUGCUCAAGCCAGAGAACAAAAUCAGUCACAAGACAUGAAUCGAAACUCAUUUGCUCAUGCGAACGGCGUUGAAAAAACAUCCGACACCAGUGAUACCGUAGGUCAUAAGAGAAUGCCAUAUUCCGAAAGGAACCAGAUGGAGCAGAGGAACAACUGGAGGCAUGAAUCUGCCAGGCAUAAACAACUGGGGGAAGGCAGAGGAGUAAACAAUGGUUCUGCCAACUCCAACUGGAACCGGUCACGCGACACUCGCAGUGUGGAACCUUCCGGCCCUCCGGGUCGAAACUACAACGAAAAAAUUCAGUCAAAGCCACCGAGUGGUAGAAGACACAGUUUAGUCGGAAUGGAUCAAUUUUAUAAGAUGCCGCCAAGGUUGCAAAAGAAAUAUUUAGAAGAAAAUAAUAUCAAACUACCACCUCCGCCUCCGACGGAAGAAACUAAUUGGGACGGAAGUAGCGUCACUUUUCAGAAAAAUCCAAAUUAUUCUCAAAUGGGAGGUGCUUACUAUACACUGCCCAUGUCACCAGCUUCCCAUCACCAUCAAAACAUGCAUUUCGGAUCAAAUACACUACCCGGCAAAACGAGAGGUAGAGGAAGGCUGAAUUACGAACAAGAAAUGCCUCCACCUGGAACGCCAUUUGACUCAAUGACACCAGAUAGAAUUAGAAGCCCCGCCAGCUCCCGACCUUGUUCACCGCCGUCCGUCAGAAGUCCCCAAAGCAGGCCCUUGACUCCAGUCAAUGACUAUUCAGACAAUAGACGAGGACCAAGGAGACACGAUGAUAUGGCGACUAAGGGACAAGAUCGAAGAGAUAAUCAAAGAAGGGAAUAUGGUCCUAGAAGGGACGGUAAAAAUUUCCCCAGGGAAAGAGACAAUUUCAACAAUAGAGAAAACUUCAAUAGAGAUCGAGACAAUAAUAGAGACGGUUAUAGGGAGCACUACAAUCAAAGGUGGGAAGACGAUUAUAGGGAGCCGCGCCAGAAAGAUCGAAACCGAGAUGGACACAAUAGAGAAAAUCACAAUAGGGACAACUACAAUCGAAGAGAUCGAGACCCGAGAGAUCCUAGAGACAAUAGGGAUAAUAGAGAUAACAGAAAUAAUAGAGAUCAUAGGGAUGUAAGAGACAAUAGAGAUAAUAGAGAAUACAGAGAUAAUAGGGAAUACAGAGAUAACAGAGAUCACAGAAGAGGUGGAGGUGGCGGCCAUAGAGAUAGACGAAGAGACCAUCGUAGGGACAGAGACAGAAGAAGUAGCAGCAAAGAUAACUAUACUCAGCCCGCUCCUAGCGUCGGCGCUGAAGAAAGCUGGGACGAUCCGCCAAGCAUACAACCAGUGCACCCGAUUGUUGAAGCGCAGGCUCAAAGUCAACCCCGUCCAGAAAAACUAGAUUUUCACAUUAGCUCCGAAGCGAUCAAUAGUUUGAUUCCCAACAUGAUAUCUUCAACUUUGGAUUGGAGUGAAGAGGUGGAGCUGCAAGAUCGACUAGAAUCUGAAUAUUUGAGUGACGCUCUUACGAGAAGUUCUUCGAUAGUCAGUCUGCAAGAAGUAGGAGGCAUGAAAUCUUUGCCUGCAAACCUUAAUGAACAGCCCGCUUCAGCAAGUAAAUCUAGAAGGCGAAAUAGGAGAAGGAGUAAAAACAGAAGUCGCGUUCGAGACGGCAGCAACUCCCAAACUCGGAACACGAAUCGAACUAGACAGAACUCAACCACGAGCAUAGACAGUAGAGAUAGCUUCAAAGUACCUCGAGACCCAUAUCCUAGUUCGUCAAGAAGAAGUUCUCGGGAUACCCGAGACACGAGUUAUGAUAGAUACCACAGCAGUUCGAGGAAUGUCAGUCGGGAUAGUAGUUGGGAUCGCCACACUCAAGGUAAAGGAUCUAUUAGUGGCAAUUGGCGUGAAGACAUGGAAAGAAGUAGAAAGAAUAGCGAUAAGGAAGGCAAACCUACCAUAGAAGAUAUAAAAAAUGUCGAUGCUAAUACCAAAAAAGCUGGAGUAAUAGUGUUACCUUCUCAAAAGCAGGAAGUCAAUCCAAAUGCGGCGCCUACCCUCAGCAUUCAAGACCAUCCAAGGUACCCUGAAGCCCGAAAAUCUCCAGGUCAACAAAAAAGCCUCUACGACCCUAACAAUCCCACAAAACCGAUACUAGUAAAAUCUUCUAGUGUUAGAGUCAGCGUACCCGGAUUUUCGGACAAUGCGGAAUCCUCCCCACCACAAAUGUACACCACAGAUCAAUUUGGAAAUUUGCGGCCACCAUGGUAUGACGAAAACACGGAAUCAUUCAAAUCUUGCCACUAUCCUGAUCUAUUAAGGGACAUCAAAAGAGCUGACAACGAAUUGCAGUAUGUAAUUGAUAAGGGACUGCUUUUAAUGCAUUGGGACCAGGUGGACAAAUUGCGAAGUUUCUUGAAGGAAGCACUGGAAUACCUGAUUUGCAAAGCCAUAAAGUUCUGUCAAACUGAAAAGGUCGAGCAACAUUUUUGGAAUAUUCUUUAUCAUAACAUCAUCGAAGUCACUAGGAAAGCAAUCAAAAACGAUCCCGAAAAUAAGGAAAAAUAUAAAGGUUUUUUACUAUAUCUAAUAGACGAAGGUACCAAAUAUUUCGAACGGCUUCUUUCUGUUCUGGAGGAAACGUUCGACUUCAAACUCAACAACUUCUUGAAAGACAACAAUAUGGCGUCUCACAAAGGUCUAGGUCUAGUGGGAAUGGCUCUGAUAUCCGCCCAGAAAUUGUUUCUGUUCUUGGGAGACUUGGGAAGGUACAGAGAAGAGGUGAACGAGACGUCAAACUAUGGAAAAUGUAGACAGUGGUAUAUCAAAUCUCACGAGAUCAAUCCAAAGAACGGCAAACCUUAUAAUCAACUGGCUAUAUUGGCCGUUUAUGCUAGAAGAAAAUUAGAUGCUGUAUAUUACUACAUGAGAAGCCUGAUGUCUUCAAAUCCCGCACCUUCUGCUAGGGAAAACCUCAUAUCAUUAUUCGAAGAAAACAGGAAAAAGUACGAACAAGGCGAAAAGAAACGCAGAGAAGAAAGACUGGAACGCCAACGCCUACAAAUGAAACAAAAAGAAUCCGAAGAUGCCAGUAUCGCACCUGGUUCUCUUAGAAAAGAAACUUGGAUACAUCCGGAAGGUAGAAGAAAAGUGUACAGGACCAGUCAGGCGAACAUCGAACAAAAUUAUUCGGAUGAAGAGGAUUUAUCUGCUUUGAGUAGUGUCGAGGUAAAUAAACGAUUCAUCGUGAGUUAUCUACAUGUACAGGGAAAGCUCAUUACAAAAAUCGGCUUGGAGAGUUUUCAAGAGACGGCGAUGCAGAUGUUGAAAGAAUUCAGGGCUCUUUUACAACAUUCUCCAGUCCCCAUCCCUUGUAACAGGCUUCUCCAAUUGCUGGCCCUUAAUAUGUACGCCAUCGAUACUACUCAGCUGAAGGAUCCUCAGUUGCAAUGUCAGCCAGGCUACAGAUCGGAGCUCCAGGAGCGCGCCUUGAUAGUGUCCUUGCAAAUGUUCAAUCUUAUCCUUGAACGAUGCGUUAGUACUUUACAAGAUUACAUAUCAUCUCAUAGUGACCUUUCCCAUAUCUCCUUCCCUCCAGACGCCAACGUCCUUCUUCCCGCCGUCAAAAUUUGGUGUGAUUGGUUGUUGUGUCACACAGGAGUGUGGAAUCCUCCUCCGUCGACACAGGAUUUUAAAGUGGGAUCUCCCGGUGAUUGUUGGAGCAGGUUGGCAACUUUGAUGAAUUUGUUGGAGCAGAUGGAUCAAAGUCAGGCAGUGAGUUUCGCUAAAGAGCCACAAGAAGGCUGCGACCAAGUUCGUCUUCCAGAGGACAGCGUCUUAAGCGGUUUCACUCCGCUUCUCUACACCGCAGACGACGCAGUCUACGUCAAGAAAGACAUCGAUCUGGAGUCUGCCCACUUCACCCAACGCCUUAAUAAACUUCUUUUCUUUGGAACGGUGUACCUUUGCGGAGUCGAUCCUCCAGUGUUAAAAUUGGAAAUAGAAGACGAAGUCAGGGAGUACGUUUCGGUCGUGUGUACGAGCAAUAGUAGGGACUCACCGCCAAACACGGAAUUGAGGCAGAACAACGAUGUUCUACUGGAGAGCUUCAGCGACAACGAAGAAGAGCAGUUGGACCAGACGAUUACAACGGGUGCCUCUAGCGAAGUUCGAGACCUACUCACCCGAAAGGUUGAAUUAGAGAAAAGAAAGAGAAGUCAAGAACUACAUAUGCAACGAGUCAAGAAAAUUCUUAGCCAGUCAGUAGUGAGUGUCCAUGUGGAAGUAAGGCCGAAGUACCUGAUUCCAGACACCAAUUGUUUCAUCGAUCACAUGAAUGGUAUCCGUACCAUUGCCGAAUCCCAUUCCUAUACGCUCAUGGUUCCUAUAGUUGUUCUAAGUGAAUUAGAAGGUCUCUCGAGAGGUGGCAAAGGACCCGCCCCAGACUCACGAAGUGCUUUGGAUCCGCAACACGUAAAGAAAGUAGCAGAUUGCGCCAGAGAAGCCUUAGAAUUCCUCAAAAAUAGACACGCCUCUGUGAAAUGCGUCACCACAAAAGGCGUCAUCCUUCCGUCCACAAAUUUUUCCACAGAAGAUGAUACGAUGUGGGACAAUAGUUUUAAAAACGAUGAUAAGAUUUUAACUACGUGUUUAGGUUUAUGUAAGGGGCACAAGGAGAAUGCACAAGAGGUUUCUGAAGGAGAACCCCGCCAUCUUGUGCGGGAGGUGGUACUUCUGACCGAAGACAGAAACUUAAGGGUGAAAGCCUAUGCACGAGACGUUCCCGUUCGGGAACUGCCCGAUUUCAUGCGUUGGGCCGGACUGGGAUGA